ACUCCUAUGGUUUUCCCCAUGCAUGCAUGUUUUUUUUUUCCCCGAAAGAUGCAUGCAUGGUAUAUGUGUGUUGCCGUUUCUGCUGCAUGUAGCUAGCUAGCACGGUUUAGCAUAAACUUUUCCGGAUUUUCUUGGGGGUUGAAUAGAUGUAGAGAUGAUUGGACAUAUAGGAUAGUUGCGCUGCGUGUACUCUCUCCCUCUCCUUGUGCCCUUGUCUCUCCAAUAGCUUGAGCAGUUAUUAGUUAAUCAGAAAUUUGUCUUUCUUCGAGCUCAUAAAAAGGGAAAGAAGAAGAAGAAGAACCAACAGAUUAAGGUAGCAUAAUCAUCAACAAAAGCAGCGUGGAGAAUUUGCUUGAUCCUUUCCCGGCGGCCCUGCUAAGCACAAGGAGUAGAUCUAAAUCUUGUUGGUCAACGGUGGGUGGCCGCGGGACGCGGUCGUGCUCAGCCAACAAUACAAAUCAACUGGAGCCCAAGCGUCGACACGGCCCAUUUUCUGUUUGGUCAGCCCAAUAGUAUCUCAAAAAUAAGCUCGUGUAGCAUCGUUGAGGCCCAUGACACGCCCUCCGCUUGAGGGAAAAAACCAGGCCCACAUAACAUCUACUUUGCAGUCCAAGGCACCCAAUUGGCCCCCCAAAGCCCAAACACCUUCCGCCACAGACAAGAAGCAACGCUACCAAAGACAGCAGGAGGCGAUUGCGAGACUAAACCCUAAUAGCCUAGCUAGCCGCCAUCUACGACGACCUAAUCGAUCCAACCAUGGAGGCGCCCAAGGGUGGUGAGGUCCGCGACGAACCCGCCGCCGCCGCAGCAGCAGCAGCCGAGGGCCGUGUGGGAGGCCGCCUCGCCGCCGUGAGGCAGCUGGUCGAGCCCGAGGACCGCCGCCUCCGGGCUUCGUUCGUCUUCCUCGCCUGGGGCUGCUGCGUGAUGCUCCAUGGCUCCGUGCUUAACAGCGCGGCCAAUCCGGAGCACGUCCUGGUCGGGUACGGCCUGUUCAUCAUCGGCGCCGCGCUCGCGUUCCUCUUGCUGAGCGGCGCCGGGCGCGCUGCGGCCCGCGUGGAGGAAGCGCUCAGGGGGUACUUCUAGCUAGCUGCUACCUAGAUCCGCUGCCAGCAAUCAACGAGCAUUUCUAGUGCUUUUGGGCCCUUGGCCCCUGGUCGAUCUGUGCAUCCUGUAUUAACGUACGUCGCAUAUAUAUACCCAAUGACCAGCUUGUAAUUUCACCCUGGGUUUGUAAUUCCAAGUUUACUCUGAAUAUAUAUAUGGCCUUCAUCAGUGUCACAAUUUUUUUCU